CAAGCUGUGUUCCAGUGACUUCCAUCUGUGUUAGAGUAAUAAUACAGCGUGCAGUGGUUUUACAUUACUUUUCAAGUGGGAGAAGAAUUCAUCACAAUCUGUUGAUCUUAAGUCUAGAAGGGGGAGGGAUUGGAGUUACCUGCCAGCUUAACUGCACCAGCUCUGUGGUGUUGAGUGUCUACUGGCAUUAGUUCUACAGGCCUUUAUCCACGAGCUGUCAGAUGGCUUUGCAGCUAUCUUUCACAUACUUAAUUGCAGCAUGGCUUGGACUGUUUUUACGCUGAAUAUUUUUAUAUUGAUUAAAAAUAGUUAACGCUUUGCAUCUUUUCUCUGACUAACUCUUCUCCACUGGGUAAAGCUUAAGUUGUUUAUGUUCUGAGGGGCCCUCUGGAGCCCGUAACUGUUUUGUCAGCUGCUUUGUUGGUAGGAUGCAAGCUCCAGCACCGAUUGCAGCACUUUGCAUGCAUCAUUUUUCAGUAGGCUGCAUUCCUCCCUUGCUCUCCCUUCCCUAUGCUUGAGCGAAAGUCUUCGUAAAAGUGUUCACAGCAGCCCUGUUAUUCUUCAGAGAAUUCUCUAAAAAGCCCUUUCCUACAAAGCACAGAUGGCAGUGGUUUGUUGAUCUUGCUGCCUAGCAGGCUGAUCAACGUGGCUUUGUUUUCUUCUACUUCACUAUUUGUCCAUUUGUCUUUACCUCAACUGUUAAGUGUCUUGUGACCGGGCCGGUGUUCUUAUUAGGUUUGCCUUAUGUAUAGAUGCUGAUGGUCUGAGCAAUGGCUGGGGUUCCCAGCAGAAAUGAUGAAAUAAUAAAGACAUGAAACAGGGAACUGAAUUUUUAUAACAAAGUUUCAAUGAAGAACAGCAGUUGUCCUCAAAAACAGAUAAGGAGAUGAAUGUUUACAAUGUGCUAAGGUCCGUGUAACCAAACUUGAAAAGACCAUGCCUCUUCCAGACACCCUGUUUUGUGCUCAGCAGAUCAAAAUCCCCCCUGAGCUACCAGAUAUUAUGAAACAGUUCACCAAAGCUGCUAUUAGGACGCAGCCUCAUGAUGUUUUGCAGUGGUCAGCUGCGUACUUUACAGCACUGUCAAAAGGUGAGCCCCUUCCAGUGAAAGAGAGGAUUGAAACACCUUCAGCAAAACAGAAAAUGGAUGCUGGUUUGACCCCAGGACUCCUUAAAGUCUUACACAAACAGCUUUCUGCUAAAGGCACUGUAAGUGUUGCAGAACUGAAGGAAAAAUGGAAAGACUUGUGCUUGCCAGAGGAGCAGCUGGCAGCUAUCCUGCAGUUGGACACCUUUGAUGAAGAGGUGGAAUGGAUGAAGAUUCUGGCACUUGGGUGCAGCGUGCUUGGUGAGUCCUUGCUGAGUUCAAUGAAACACGCCUGUGAAAUUUUAACACAGGACCCGGAAGGUGGAGCAGCUCGUAUUCCCUAUGAAACGUUCUCAUUCCUUUACUGCUAUUUGGCAAGUAUCGAUGGAGACAUACCAGAUGAGAAAAUCAAAGCUUUCCUCCAAAAGAUUAAAGAAGACGCUGACAAACAAAGUGGCAUGGUACUGCUCAGAAAUUUUCAGAGCCAGCCCUCGACACGGUUUUGAUCAAGUUGACUCUUCAGCACCAGAUGAGGCUGGAAAAAAUGAAGUAAAUACAAUACACAAAGAACCUCUUCUCCAGCACUCCUUUUUCUUUAUUUCAUUCUCGAAAUUGCUUUUUAUCAGAGUCAAUUGAACGUAUUGUCAUAUUGUUUUUUCACUUCUGAAAUACUGCUGCUUGCAGCUUGGGAGUGGUACUUUCACUAAUUUGUUUAUAUUUAAUCAAAUGGAUUUCGUUAAUCUUUCUACCUAGACUUUCUGAAUAGAAAAUUAAAUUUAGAGAAGACUGGGCAGAUAUAAGACUGGUUCAUUUCUUAAGUAACAAUUUUCUUCUUAUAUGUUUUUAACUCCAACAAAAGCAUAGCUUGUCUUUUGACUACCCUGUCUGCAUGAACAAACUCCCGUCAAACAUAUGGUUUCACCAAGUGCUGCUCAAAGACCAUGAAGAACACCGUAGCCAAGAUGGUGAAAAAAAUAUCAACUAGACUAAUGGCAGUAGUUCCAUCUAGUUUGAUCCCUAAUUUGGACUCAUCAUCAUAGAAUGACCUGGGUUGAAAAGGACCACAAUGGUUAUGAGUUUCAACCCCCUGCUAUGUGCAGGGUCGCCAACCAGCAGACCAGGCUGCCCAGAGCCACAUCCAGCCUGGCCUUGAAUGCCUCCAGGGAUGGGGCAUCCACAGCCUCCUUGGGCAACCUGUUCCAGUGCGUCACCACCCUCCAUGUGAAAAACUUCCUCCUAAUAUCUGACCUAAGCCUCCCCUGUCUCAGUUUAAAGCAAUUCCCCCUUGUCCUGUCACUAUCCACCCUUGUAAACAGCCAUUCCUCCUUUGGUUUAUACGCUCCCUUCAAGUACUGGAAGGCUACGAUGAAGUCUCCCUGGAGCCUUUUCUUCUCCAACUCUCUUCAGAAUUUAAAUAUUUUUCUCAUUCCCAGAUGGACUUUUAAUUAAUAAAGAUCAGUCUCCUGCCUGCCUGCAGCCCACAGGCACUGUGCAGAGCGUAUUGCCUAACAGCCAUAGAGGAGGCCAAAAUGACAGUGCUAAGGGGUGUCCUCUGCUGGCAGCUUGAUUGAAAAUAAGGAAGUGUAGAAAAGGCUAAUCUGUAAGAUGUUGCUGUUGGCUUUCUUCAUAGAAGGAACAAGCUGACUGUAGUAGAUUGGGUAAGAAAUUAACAAAACUAGAAAUUGGUAUAUUCCCACGGCAGUUAAGUGGAAUUCUCCUUUACACCCAUAAGCUGUAUUUGGAUGGUUGAAGUCUUAGUGUUUUUAUAAUUUCUGUCGUUAAUACUUACAUGUUAGUAGACAGGAUGAAAACUGAAUGGGUUCUUUGCAUAAAUGCCACGAUCUAUCAAACUCACAUUUGAAAAUUACAGUCAAUAAAAUUAUAGAAAGGGACAUCGCUACCUUAGUAGAGGUCUUAGAGAUGCCUGUCACCACCAUCACCAGCUUGACAUUGAUCCUAAAUUUCUUUAAACACAAGCUUGGGAACAGCAGCAUGCCCGUUACCAUACUUUUACCACUUUUUCGUUACUGAAAGCUGCAGAUGAAGGUAACAGCCUUCUGGAGAACUCUGAAAUCUGCUCUGUCACCUUCCAUGCGUGCCAUAAUGUGACAGUAAGUGCUGUCUUUCUGGAACGCUGUUCUCAGAGGUGACAAUGUCAGGUGGUAGAGAGAAAGGGAGCUACCUUCAUCCCUUUCCAUUUGUAAUUAAUUCUGCUGC